GACGUUAAAUAAUGAUUUUUUAGAAAGAAUUUGCGGCGAAUUCGAUGUGCGGGUCGGGUUUUUCUCGCGAAUAUAAUUUAAAAUGCACAAAUUAAGUAAAAGAAAGCGUGAUCAAUGAAGAACAACAAACUAGAAUACACCCAUUGACCGCUUUAUGCAGUGACAGUUGUAACGUAAUUUCCCCCUCCGCCCCAAGUCUAGCCACUCCAUGCUUGGCUAGGUCACGUAGACUGACGGGAGUUCGUUGUGUGUUUUUAAUAGUGAUAAUCGUGGAGUUUUCCUAAUUUUCCUUCCGCUAUCUCUUGUUUAUCGUGCUGGUGACUUAAUCUGAAUCACGGUGGUCAUUAAGCAAUAACCUUUAUCCGGUUUAGUGAAUGGUUUCGUAAACAUUCUUCUAACAGUGUGACAGACAGUAUCGACAAACAGUUUGAUUAAAAAGAACUUUUAGUGCCAGUUCCAGAUGAAAAGAGACUUUAAAAUGAGGCUUACAAAGAACGACAAAAAGGACCUGGACAAGUUUACCAAAUUUUUAGCUUUGAAGGCUACAGAAGUGAUUGUUCAGUCCCGAUUAGGCGAGAAAGUUUCGACACCUUGUAAGCCACAUGCCAAUGGACCAGAUUGGUUUAAUUUGAACAUAAAUGAUCUUCCCGAAGUGGUGAUUGAAGCAAAAAAAGUCCUAAACAGUGAACUACUGUUAACGAGGAAAUUCCCAUUUUGCAUUGAGAUAUCUUUGCGAACAGCUGAGGGUGAUAAUAUGGUACUGGAAACUUGGUGUGCUAGGUUAUUGCCUGAGCAGUGCGAUCCAAGUACAACAAACAGUCAAACCAUAUAUAACCGUAUGGGGAUAUUGUUAAAAUCGUUGGUUUCUGUUACAAGGGUUACUCCUGCGUAUAAACUGUCACGCAGACAAGGACCAGAUUCUUAUGUGAUGUGCUACAGAAUGUACAUGGACGAACCCUUGCAUCACUGCCUUGGUGAGGGUUCAAAACAGAUUCGGGUAGGACAGAUUUGUACCCCUAUUGGAACCCUACAGCUCUCUUGUGCCUAUAGAACUAAGAUGACAAUUUCGCCGACGCAGACUAGCAGAGACAACUCUAUCAUGCUCAAAAGUGACCAUUUCAACACAAAUUUAAGUCCAAAGAACAGACGUUACAGCCAAAGCGACGACCGCACGUCGUCCCUCUCCGAAACGAUGAAAAUCGGCGCCUUCGCCGACAGGAAAAAGAAACACUUCGAAGAACCGCAGCUCGACCUGCCCUUCUGCACCUUCUUCGCCGACAGGAUCUCCCUAAACGACCACCAGGUGGACAGCGAGCCUCAGAGCCUGGCAACGUCGCCCGAGAACGACCGGCUGAGCGGCAACGGCGUCCCCGAAGAAUCGCCGUUGCGCGGGGAGGGGGAGAAGAACGGAAAUGACGUAGCGGUGGAGGGAGGAAAGCAACAGGAGGAGGUGUCGAUGGCGUCGACGGGAGACGACUUUAUCAUGGUAGACUUGAAAACACCCUUCGCCAAACCUUCGGGCGAAAAAAUGGAACUGACCAAAUUCUUCCGGGAGUGGCAGCAAGCGCCCCUCCUGGAAACGUUCAAAGACCUGCCCCCCGUCGAGGUGACGGACCUGCAAAAACAGCUGGAGACCUACGAGUCGGACAUGCAAGAGUUCGACAGCAUCGUCUCAAGUUUCUGUCAGCAGAGUUCGCCGAACAACAACUGAACUGUUCUUCUAGGUUAAGCUCUCGAAACCGUUGUAUAAUCUCUAUGCGAUUGGUAACAAUGUGUGCGAUCGUUUUAGAUCGUGCGUCGUCGGCCCGUCCCGGUCGCGUUCGUCUCGGCUCGGCCGCGGGUCGCGAGGGGCGUGGUCGGAGGCGGGACGAGAUUGUGGCGCGCGAUUUGAAUUUCUGUGUGCCUGCUUUUGGAUGGUUUUGGUUAGAGGAUCCGAUAGAGUGAUUAGGUUUUAUUUAUUCCGAUUUAAAGAUGUUUUAUAAGCUUAUUUGUUUUAUAGAGUCAGUUUAUUUUUUUAUUAUUUCCUUAUUUUUUCAUAUUGCAAGUUGGCAAAUAUACAUAAAAAAUAUUUAAUUAUGUACUAGUACUAGCCAAAAAUUAAUAAUUAUCUGUAUAGUCUUCUCUACAACGUUACGUCAUCAUUCUUUAUCUAACAUCCGUUUUAGGGUGGGUCUGAGAUCAUUUCAUAUUGAGAAAAUUUCAAGUACGUUCCGAUCUUGUUCCGAUAUUAGUAAUUAAGUGCGUUCCGAUUUUAUUAAUUUCAACUAAGUAUAUUGGCGUUUAUUCAUUUUGGUUGCGUUUCAAUUAAUAAUUUUCAGCGUGCAAAUUCCAGUUUUAGUAGUAACUAGGAAUGGGCGAUAAUGAAUUUUACCUAAUCGAUAUGUUAUCGCAAUUCACCUAUGGAUAUAUCUAUAACAAUCGAAUUGCCGAUAGUUAUCGAUACAUCGAAAAAAGAACUUCCUUUAUCAUAAAAUCUGUAUAAAAGAAAAAAAAUUUAAGGAAAACUGAAAAUAUGAUGUACCUUGUUUUAUAUAAUAUUUUUGAAAUGUACAACAAUAUUCAGGUUUUUAAAAAAGCAAAUAAAAAUAUAGCCACAAAAAUAAAUUUUGAUAUAUCAAUAACAACUAUCGAUAUAUCAAUAUUUCUUUUUGGAUUAUAUCAUUCUUCGGACAAUAGAUAUCUAUUUUUUUUUGUAAAUUGUUUCUUGGGAUUAUGGUCCGAAUAAAAAACAUUUUAUUACGGACCAUAAUCUCAAGAAACAAUUUACAAAAAAAAAUAUAUAUCAAUAUUUCUAUAUAUAUGUAUAUCGAUAAUUAUCGAUAUCUUAGAUAUAUUUAAAAGAAUAUAUCGAUAUGUAUCGAUAGUUAUCGAUAUAUCGGGAAAAUCCAAUCCCUAGUAAUAACUAUUAUAGUAACAAAUUUGAAUUUUGUUUGACAAUUGGUUUUUAAUUUUGGCCCUAUUCAAUAUCUGUCAACAGAAUUAUAACCUCAAAAAAAAAAAAUAAAAUGACAGUUACUAGAAUCAACGUGCAGCUACCGAAAUGACGUCUAGUUUAUUUCAUCCGGGUUUCACGUGAAAAAGGAGUACCUAAUUCGAAUACACCAAACUCACUCUAUCGGUUUCUGUUAUUUUUUGUAGCCCGCUUGGUGAGAUGUCAGGAUUAAAUAUGUCGGAGGUGUAUUUAAGGCUACACCUUCAGCCAAAGACUGAUUUGCGAGAAAAAAGUUACUAAUUUCUUGUACAUAACGACGAUUAAAUUUUAGUAAGAAAAAUGAAAGAAAUGAAAAAAUUUUUGAAAUCGAGUCUGACCUUGUCUACUAGAAGAUACGAAUCUUAGGUAAUAUCACUAGAUCACAAAAGAUGUUUCAACGAAAAAACCUAAGAAAUAUGUACGUUAAUUUUGCAAAUAAAGAGUCUGUAGAUGAUACUCCGUAAAUAAUAUUGCUUUGCCUGAGAUUUUGGCUUGAAACAUUUUGUACUGACGUGGCAAAAACUUUAUAUAGAGAGAAUUUUUAGGGAAUUGUAGGUAUAAUUUUGUAACAACAGGUAUGUGUGAAAGAAAUGCUUGUUAGUAAGGCUGUAUGUGAUGUGAUAUUUAGAAAAAAAUGCUCCUUUAGUUAUAACUAGUUUGAAAAUUUAGGAAUGAAGAAUACUCAAUUGCCUCUAAUAUAACUGUUAGUUACAUAUCCUAUCAAAUUAUGUAAAAAAUUGAUUUUUUUACACUGGAAAGGGUUAAUUGAGUCUAUAAUAUAGGAAAUUAAACAUGUUAAAGCCUGUUUUUACAUGAUUAAAAUGGAUGAUAUUGUUAAGGUAUUUAAGAGGUACCAUAUGAUCAAAAAUAUAUUACAUGUACGUUGUUUUAUUCUGCUAUGGUUGUUUGCUGCCUCUGGAAACUCUGACGUGCUGGUUGUUCUAUAGCAAGAGUGUAAAAUCUAUUGACACGCACUGCUCAUUGACGCUGGUUCGAGGCCGGAUAUCUCGUGAGUAAGAGUCGAUUUAGACACUCGCCAAGUGGGUAGACCAUUGACAAUGAUAUUGUCGAGAACUGCGGUUCGGAUUCCUCGAAAACAAAGUAGGAGACGUUAACUUAAAAUAUUUUACUUUUAACUACAACAUAGCUGUCAUUUCUUAAUCAAAAUUUACAGUGCCAAUAAAAAAAUUAUGAUUUAGUGUCCACAAAAAAAACUGCUAAGUACUACGUAUUUAUGAUCAUAUGGUAUUUCGUAUAAUACCACAAUUUUAUAUUAUAAUAAUAGGAAAGAUGGCUCAUAUAUACGCGAUAUACGAUAUAAAUGAAGAGGUUAGUUAAAUUAAUAUUUAGUUAGUCCACGUCGGUACGAUCUAGAAUAGUAUCCAGUUUGACUGUGGUAUGUUUGUGAAGCUUUAAACGUAUGUUAGCGAGUGAGAUGGAUAAAGAAAAAUCUGUUUUUGUAAGCGCAAUCGCCAAAAAAAAUCGCAUCAAAUCGUACCUUACGAAAAACAAAAUGAUUUAUCGUAACAAAGAAUCUAUUGAAUUUGUAAAAGUCUAACCUGGUUAAUGAGAUUGAUUUUAAAUAGGAGUGAACGGAAAUCGCACCCGGUCGGCAAUUACGUUGUAGGGAGGGUAAAAAGUAUCGAUACAUAAAAAUAUCGAUAGUUAAAAAAUCGAUAUGGCUGAUUAUUACUUGAGAGUUAUAACUUAAAUGUCAUAUAAUAUAGAUCCAAAUCCGUUACAUAUAGUGUACAGUGUGCGUCAAAAAGUUCUGAACAAUUGGCACUUUAUUAUGUUACCAUUACUACAUAAUUAAGUAUUAUUUUACCCACAUUACUUGUUUAAUUUUUUCAUGUUACUAUCAGUUCUCAAAAAUAUACAAGACCUUUCAAAAAAUUGCCAUUAUUAAGUCUUUUUUUUUUCGAAAUGUGGUCAAAACAUUGGUACAUAACGUAAAACCAACUUUUGAAAAUGCCGAAUUAAUUCUGCUUUAAUUUUUUUGUAGAGGGUUAUUAAUAAACGAAAUCCUAAUUGUUAUAUAUAGAUAUUUUUAAACGACACUGUAUAUAUAAUACGUCAAAAUAUCGAUAUUUUUGACGAGUGUAUCGAUAUUUUUUCUCUUGAAGUGCACAUUACUAUCGCAUAAUUUCAAAGGCAAUGCAAUAACCUUAAAAAGCGAUACUAAUAAGUACGUUAGACGUUUAUGUUCGUGUAUCCUAAUUGUCGGGAACUUUUUGACCGGCACUGUAUAUAAUACAUCUAAAUAUCGAUAUUUUUGAUAAACGUAUCGAUAUUUUUUUUUCUUGAUGUGCACAUC